AGAAAAAGUCCCUAGAGUCCAUAAACUCCAGGCUUCAGCUGGUUAUGAAAAGUGGUAAAUAUGUGCUAGGAUACAAACAGACUCUGAAAAUGAUUCGGCAGGGCAAGGCCAAGUUGGUCAUACUAGCCAACAACUGUCCUGCUUUGAGAAAGUCGGAGAUCGAGUACUACGCUAUGCUUGCCAAGACCGGCGUCCAUCACUAUAGCGGCAACAACAUUGAGCUGGGCACGGCGUGCGGAAAAUACUACAGAGUGUGCACACUGGCCAUCAUUGACCCAGGUGACUCUGACAUCAUCAGAAGCAUGCCAGAACAAACCAGUGAGAAGUAAAUGCUGUAAAGGUGUUAUUUCGACAAUAAAACUGGUUACAGAUCUCUUUUAAGAAAAA